AUGAAAAGGGAAAUGGGAGUUGGUGAUAUUGACGGCUACUGUGCGAUGCCGCGGAAAGCUAAUGACCUUAAAAAGGAGAAAUAUUCAACUCCCUCGGAGUUCAAUGGCUACAUAUGUAGCAUCAUCGCAUUAAACUGCAUUCAGUUGAAUUGUUACCAGGAUUUCAAGUAUUUUAUCAUUGAACUGCGGUCCGAUAUUACUGAGACAUCUGGGGGACUGAGUCAGCGAGACAAGCAGGGAAAGGAAGCCAUAGAUUCGACUCCACUUAUAUGUAGGCCUCCAGGUGCACGGCCAUGUCAUAGCGUCGCCGGUGUCAUUUCAAUAACAAACAUCUCCCAGAAUGUCCAAUCUGCUCAGAGGAAUAAGCCGUUCUUCCACGCUCCGCAGCAACAUACUACCCUGACAUUUCCCAGCAACGUGGAAUUUCGUCGAGUAGAAUUCGGCUUUGAGCGUCGGGCCAUUCAGCUCGAGGUACUGGACCGCCAGCACGAAAGAGACUUUCCGGUAAGCAGCGAUGUCCAAGGCUCCAGUAACCAACUGAAGACUCUCGAUUCCACAUCUCCUGAAAAUCAAUAUGGGACGUAUUCCAUCAUGACAGUUGACCACUCUAGCGAUCAAGAGCAUGAUUUCGGCCUCGAGGAGAUCAGCUUGUACUCCAUACCUGACGAAGUGCUCCUUAACGCCAACGAUCUUGCACUUUUGGAAUUUGCCGGUAAGCGGCCAUUAGCUUUGAUCGCUUCGAGUGUCCGGAGUUCUGCAGGAAGUGGUGUGGGACCUGCAUAUUCGGCUUAUGUUGUCACGUUAGUGAAUGUCGAGCGAGAAGGGCUGAGAAAAAAUAUCCAACAACCCUCGAGCACUCUUAGACGCCACUCCUAUUUCUCACCUCUCCCCACCACCAAAACUUCCUCCCUACUUGGGUACCCCGUCUACCUACAGCUUCAUCUGCAUCCUUACCCCGACUUCUGCCCCAACCAACCCUUCCAACCUCCCCAACUCACCCACUGGUACAAUCCAAACCGGCAUGUUCUUCUCUCACCGCUCACCCCCAAAUCACUUGAGGCAAAGCCAAAGAAGCAGUUUAAUAGAGCAAAGAGGUUGUUUCCCAAGAAGAGGGCUGGGAGUUGUUCGAAACAAGGGGGAGAGAAGGAGGAACGGAAGAUUGGGGAUGGUCCACAAUUCGAUGCCAUCUAUUUCGGUUGUUGCGGAUGGUGCCAGAACAGCUUCCAUUACAAAUAA